UCCCAGAGCAUCGCCGCAUCCACAGCAACAGUCGUCGGCUUCCUCUGUUGCCAUGGCAGCAGCUCGGUGGGGCUGGGCGGUCGCUAUGGUAACCGAAGGCGGGUCGCAGGGUCCCGGCCGCCGGGCGCAUGCGCGCGGGGACGGCCUGGCGAGCCGGAGCGCGCGGAGCCACCGCGGCCCCUCAGGCGGCUCGUCAUGGCGCUGAGGCGGCGGCCGGUGCUGCGGCUGUGCGCGCGGCUGCUCGACGUGCUGCUGCUGCUGCUGCUGUGGGGUUGCUUGAUAGAAGCUGUGAAUCUCAAAUCCAGCAACCGAAACCCAGUGGUGCAAGAAUAUGAGAGUGUGGAACUGUCUUGUAUCAUCACCGAUUCCCAGACAAAUGACCCCAGGAUUGAAUGGAAGAAAAUUCAAGGCGACCAAACUGCAUAUGUAUUUUUUGACAACAAAAUCCAGGGAGACUUGGCAGGACGUGCAGAAGUCACGGGGCAAACUUCCCUGAAGAUCUGGAAUGUGACUCGGAAAGACUCAGCCCUGUAUCGCUGUGAAGUUGUUGCUCGGAAUGAUCGUAAAGAAAUUGAUGAGAUUACCAUUGAGCUCAUUGUGCAAGUGAAGCCAGUAAGCCCUGUCUGCAGAGUACCCAAGGCUGUGCCCGUGGGCAAGAUGGCAACACUGUACUGCCAGGAGAGCGAGGGCUAUCCCCGGCCCUACUACAGCUGGUAUCGGAAUGAUCUGCCACUGCCAACGGACUCCAGGGUGAACCCCAGAUUUCGAAAUUCCUCCUUUCUCUUAAACUCUGAAACAGGCACUCUGGUCUUCAGUGCUGUCCACAAGGACGACUCUGGGCAGUAUUUUUGCAUUGCUUCCAAUGAUGCGGGCUCAGCCAGGUGUGAGGAGCAGGAGAUGGAAGUCUAUGACCUCAACAUCGCUGGCAUUAUCGGGGGUGUGCUGGUUGUGCUCGCUGUCCUGGCUCUGAUAACGCUGGGCAUCUGCUGCGCAUACAGACGUGGUUACUUCAUCAACAAUAAGCAGGAUGGAGAAAGUUACAAGACGCCGGGGAAGCCAGAUGGAGUUAAUUAUAUCAGGACAGAUGAAGAGGGUGACUUCAGGCACAAGUCAUCCUUUGUGAUCUGAGAGCUGGUACCGUGGCUGCGAGCAGUGCGGACACCUCUGCUACAACCUCCCGUCCGGGCAGCUGCUGUGAGCCUGCCGAGUGCACCCAGGACGCAGCCAGACACUCACGCAGCAGCUUUCUGUUUUGGCCAAAGUUGACCGCUACUCCUUUCUUACUCAAGCCACGUGAAUAAGACUUCUCAAGAUGGGUCUAGUCACCACGAGGACAAGCAGCGGAACAGGUGUACCGAGUUGGGUUUUCACACGAGUGUUAAGUCUGAUCGCCUCAGCUGUCGGCAUGUCGCUGGCUAUUCAGCAGCCAGACGGGCCCGUUAGAAGGGACGAGGCAGCUGUGUGACGCCAGCCCAACCCAACGUUUGCAUCUGUGAACCCAGAAAAGGCCUGGCAUGUGACAGCCCUGUUCCACUGCCCACAGCUGCCCCCCUGCCUCCCCCUCUCCCCCACAUUUCCUAAAGGCUCUGGUGGUCAUUGUUGUAGUCAUCUUGACAAAUUCUUUUUAGAUCAACAUUUUAUAAAAACAACCAAAAAUCAGGAGGGCAAAUCCUUGCUGGAAGAGAGAUCUAACCUGGGAAUCCUGGGUGUCCAAGAAGGUAUGAGCAUUGAAGGAAGGCCUUCUUCGUCUUAGGCUAAGUCAGAAAUGGUACUGAAAUACGCUUUUCUAUGGGUCUUGUUUAUUUUAUAGAAUUUUACAUUCUAAAUUUCUUCUAAAGAUGUAUUUUGAUUAUUGAAAAAUUCUAUUUAAACUGUAAAUAUAUUGUCAUAUAAUGUUAACCUAUUUUUUUUAAAAAGUUCAAUUUAAUAUAGAAGUUUCGAAGCUACUAGUGUUAAAUUGGAAAAUAUCAAUAACAGUAUUUUAUCCAAGGACUCCUCUCAAGAAGGCUUACUGUAACAUUCCUUUUGCCACUUAAUUGUUAGCAUUUUUCAUAAGGGAACUUACAACAUCUGUACAUCAGGCUGUUGCCACUUAGGAAACCUUUAAAAAGUUCUUAGUCUAGCAGUAUCCAAAUCUACAUCUGUCCAGGUGAACCUAAGCAGCUCUCAGGUUAGCUUUGAAUUACCUCUUCCCAAGAUUACCCACACUGCCUGCGCCCUAAGGCUCCUGCAGCCCUCGGGUGUCCAUGUCCACACCACACUGCUCAUCUCAGGGUGCCCUAGCCAGGAUGGCCUUCCCUCCCGUCUCCACAGCCCUCACGUGG